UCGUUGCAUUGUGUCUGGUAGUUGGUAACAGCCGACUGUGGGUUCAAUUAAGGUAACGCACAAAACUCAUUAUUACCCCCGUGUUGAAUUGUGCCAUCGGUGGACUAUUUGUCUGUAUCGUUUUUGGAUGCAGGGUUGAAUGACAAAGUUUCGGUAUUAUUUGUUUUAGGUUUACUUUUUGAAACAUUUUGUCGCCACCUCGAACUGCGGCAUCAAGCUAGCUACAAUUAGCCACCGGAAUUUCAAAACAAAAGCCUGGAAGUUGCUCUUGUUGGAUUAACACUUAGAUAUUCCCUACACCUAUUGGAGACAGAGAACCAAUAAUAGAGAGCACAGAGGAGUAUCAAAUGUCAUUCAGGAUCAACUGAUAGAGUCGGACAAGUGCUGGGCCCGUGCACGGAGUCAAACCGAGGGUGCAGUAUGCCAAAGGAACAGCCCCGCUUGAGCGAGCACAGUCCUCGUGCUACAUCCAGCAAGAAUGCUAAAGAUAAGAGCAACAGUACGACUCUGCUGGCAAUGCGUAACACCAAAGACUCCGACUCCAGUGGACGGGGCUCCCGCUGCAGUUCAGAAAAAGACUCUGGCUACUCUGACGGCUCAGACUGGCAGCAGACAGAUGCAGACGACCAGCCGAGAAACAACAGCCAGUGCAGAGGCCGCAAGCCUGCAGAAGCUUUACAGCCAGGUCAAAACCAAGAACCUGGCCGCGGGAAUCCUGCCCGGAUGCCUACAGGCCAGGAGCUCUCACCCAUUUACAUAAUCAGGAACACAGUGCUUGAGCAGCCGGACAUGAUCCAGAAAAGAGCUCAGCUGCCCCGGAGAAAUGGAAGCAGGGAGACCGGCAGUCCUGGUGCUGCCCACAUGAUCCUUUUACAGCAACCCAGCCUGUUGCCGGCCACCCUCCAGCUCCACAACCCCUCGUCCCGGAAGUCCAACGCCACAGGAAAGAAAAUAAAUGCCACAUACCUACCAAUUCUCAACUCCUACCCGCGCAUUGCGCCACACCCCAGCAAGAAGCCACCUGAUAAAUCUUCAAAUGACGACUCCCAGAAUCUGAGCAAGAGGGUUUUCACAGAAAACAAGAGUGAUGACACAUCCGUGACAGGGAAUCUAGCUGAGCAGCAACUUUAUAAGCAACCGAAAUUAAUCUCUGGGCAGCCAUGUACCUCUUCAAGCAGAGAUAGCUUAUCCUCCACCAGUCCCACUACUGUCUCCUCAAGCCAGGGCUCCCCGUCUGGGACCAGUCUGUCCACCCCCUCCUCCUUCCUGGCAGCCAGAAGACUCCACAGAAACGGCACCACCAGUACUCGCCACCGCCGUUUCCUCAACACAGUAGAAAUCCUCCGACAGUCAGGCCUGUUGAACAUUACCCUGCGCACAAAGGAGCUGCUGCGCCAGAGCAUUGCCACCGAGCGGGACAUUGCCCAGCUCCGCCAGCACACCGAGCUACUGUGCCGGGCUGCCAGCAACCCCAUGUGCAGCCUGAACGGUAUCUCAGCCUGGGAUCAUCUACACCGAGCCAUGGCCAAGUCCAGCAGCUACCCUGACCUUAAAAUCCUGCAAAGUGCACAAAUCCUGUGUCAUCCAGAUUCUGCCAGUCAACCACAGAGUAUUUCCACAGGUGAUGCAAAUGGCCCACUAGCUGCUGAGAACUCAGAGGUGCCGCCGUCUCGCCUUCUCACAGCUAUCCCGAACCCAAACCAGAACUCACCUGGGUCACGGCAGUCUCACUCAGGACAAGGCAGAGAACUUGAGUCUGGUUGUGAAUUCUCAGAGAAAGUCACCUUUAUGCCUCCUGACAGUUCUACCGGUUAGCACGAUCUGCAUUGCCUUUAAAGGGAGAGCAGGUACUCAGGGCUAGUCAGUGGAGAACCAGUCAUUUUUGGAUAUUAUGUGUUGUUGUAAUAGUUUAUCCCUGGUUAUUAUACUAUACCUAGUUUUAUUGGGAUUGUGCAAAAUAUGUCUGCAGGUCAAUGAAAAUCUAACAAUGACUGUACAUGUUACAGUACAGUUGCCUAACGUACUACACCAGAAUUAAGUGGUUGACAUCUGAAUAAUCCCUACUUAAUGCACUUGAGUGCAAUUAAAUCCAGAGGCAACAUCUCCUCCGAAGACGGUAUAGAACCACACAGAUGAGUCGAGGGUCUCUGCUCGUGAGCCACUGAAAGGGUUAUGUGAAAAUAAACUGUGUUUCCCCAGGAGGCAGAGGGAACUGGCUUACACACAGAUGGCAAUGAUGACAGUUUACUGUAUAUUAUCAGUUCAGUUGGGACAUUUUGCUGUCACGUCAGACCAACUUAAUUCAGGGAAAAGAUAAAUAAGUCCCUCUCCUGGUAGAUAAAUGUUGAGAAAAUGGUUUCUUUCAGCCUUCUUUACCCGAGAGAGCCAGCAGUCCAAACACAGCGAAAAUUGCUUUCAAAACACAGCUGUAGGCUCCCAGAAAAAUGGCACUUUAAGGAAACGGGUUGCGCUGGAGGCACAAGUGGGCUCUCAAUGUCUCUAACAUCACAAAGUGCACUACACUGGACUGCUGCAAGGACUUCUAUCUAUAUUCACAACGCCUUAAUAACUUUUUCACUUGAUUUUAUUUAUUUUUUUGCAUUACCAGGGCACAUCAUCAUCAUCACACAUUAUCAUACUUAUUUAGUUUAUUGAAGUCUUUGUACAUUUUACAGAUACAGCAGUUCAACACAGCUCCAAGAUAAUCACUUAUCCCAUUUCCUUUCAUGCAACAGCUUUUCACUUUGAUAUUCUCUUUUUUGCACCAAGCCUCUACUUGUUGGUGUUAUGUGCUCCCCUGUUUUAGUCAGAGAUGGAGAACAGUUGGCAUUGAGUUUGAGAGAGUUGGACAGUGUUUUAAAUACACAAGUAUGUUGACUAACUGGUUAUUUGCAUGUCCUAUGUGUAUGAUCUUUCUUUCAUUUCUCUGUGCUUGUGCACUGCUAGCAGUGCACUCAUUUCUGAAAUUGAAAGUGCUUUAUACAGUGUAUUUUUCAUAAUUUUAAGGUAUUUAAAUAAAGCGAUACAUUAAGACUUUU